CCGUUACGUCACUUCCUCUUUACCGGUGGUCUUUGUCGGUCGCAGCAUUGUGCGGAUAAAGUUAUGGCUAAAUUGAGCAAAGAGACCAAACAGCGGCUGCAGCAGCUGUUCCAGUGCGGGCAGUUUGUCAUUCGGUGGGGCUUCAUUCCCACCGUGUUAUACUUGGGAUUCAAACGUGGAGCAGAUCCAGGAAUGCCUGAACCCACACUUUUAAGUUUGCUGUGGGGCUGAUGACACCAGUCACCUCCUCCCUGGAUCAUCUCAUCCCAGCUGUUGAUGAUUAUCUGGGAGCUGGACGGGAAUUCUCGCUUCCCUCUCCACAGAUCUUGUCGUGUGGGUGGAAUUAUGAAUGGAUUUUAUUUCUGACCACAGUGUGCGCGGCUCUUACUCGUACACCCUGAAGAAUCUGCCCGCUGCAUUCAUGCAAGAUCUGUGUGUGUCUCAAGUAGUUUGUAUGGACUAUACUGCUCUGUGUGUGUGUGUGUGUGUGUGUGUGUGUGUGUGUGUGUGUGUGUGUGUGUGUGUGUGUGUGUGUGUGUGUGUGUGUGUGUGUGUGUGUGUGUGUGUCAGAUACCAUUUUCACCAAUGUUGAUUUUGAGAUUUAAGUUUAAACAUUUCUUUAAAAUAAAGCUAUUAAGAACAGUU